GAUCCCGCCCCGAUGCUGCGAGCGGCUCCGAUAGUGAGAGUGCCGCCGCCGCCCUCGGCGCAGCCGUCGGCUCCGCCGAACUUGCAAGGAGGUGCGAGCUUGGGCCUACCACAAGAGGGUCCAUCCUUUGCAUGGCGCACCAAUGCCCCCGAAUUCGUGCCGGGCCGUGCAACAGGCAUGCCAGCGUACGAUGUCGUUGACUCCCACCAGGAGGAGGAGGGUGCGAGGACGCCGUCUGAGGAGGAUGACUACCUCCCUCCGCCGGAACCGAUGCCCGCCAUGAACUUCGCCCCACCGCCGGGCCUGGGACGUCCGCCGAGCCCCAGCCGCGCGGAGGGGAGGCAGCAUCUUCGGCCCUCACCGCCGCUGAACAGCUUCCAUGCCCCUCUCGGCGGUGAUGGGGUGCCAGCCGGCACUCUGCGCCCGACGCCACCGUAUCCGUAG